AUGGUUUCUCCAUAUGUCUACGAUUUAUGUCAGGCAACUGAGACUGUAACAUCUGAACUAGCAAAGGAUCCGAGUCAAUCACCAGGAGACAUUGUCAAGAAGCUGUAUGGCCACCACGAACAUGCUUUGCAUCACAACGCGUCAACCCAAAAGACCACGCCGCCACCCUCUCCUCCAAAUGAAGCCAUCGAAACGAUCCAAAAAGCCCUUCAUUGUGGACACUGGGGCUCUACAAUACCCAGCCAACUCUUCCUGCAAGCAUUUGCCGACGCUCUACAAUGUCUCGAUGAGGACCCAAUAGCUGGAGUUGUCUCUCCUCCUCUGAUGGGUUCUCACGGCACCAUUCCCCUAACGGUGAUUGCGCCGUUGGCAGAUGUGAUGAGACACACAGCAAACCUCAUCGCGCGCGCUCAAAAAGAAGUUUUCCUUAUCACUUGUUCGUGGGCUCCAUCUGUAGCGCAAAGAUUGAUCAGGGGCGCAUUGAUCGAACUUUCAAAGCGCGCAGGUCAAAGAGGAGAGAGAGUCAUUGUCAAGGUCAUGUACGACAAGGCUAGUCCUGCAAACGCCAUGAAUCCGCAUCAGAAUAUUAAACCCAAGUCUUACACGGCCAAGUCGGUCGAUCUGCCGUCGCCAGAGGAGAUACCUAACAUCGACAUGGAAGUAGUCAGUCUACAUAGAUUUGUCUUGGGAACAUUACACGCAAAAUUCUGCGUGGUCGACCGCAGAGUCGCAGCUGUCAUGAGUAAUAACACCGAGGACAAUGACAACCUUGAAAUGAUGGUCCACGUUGAAGGGCCAAUCGUCGACAGCAUAUAUGACACGGCGUUGAUUACUUGGCAAAACGGGCUCCAUCCACAACUCCCUUUAUGCAACUCUCCUCCUGCAUCUGAAGGUGGUGUCACAUCACCCGUUCAAACACCAGGUUACAGGAACUCCACUACUACUGAAGAGAGAACUGGAACUGUCACAGAAAGGAAUGGAGAGGAAGUAACUCGAGAGCAUACGCCAGAGGAUCCCCAUUUCGAUGAUGACAUCACAGGUGAAGUCAAACGCAUGCAGGCCAGCUACUCUGAGAAAGCGGGAGAAACACGUCUUCAGGCUGCUAAUCGCAAACUCAACGUUGCCGCGCCCACUCCAAUUGAUCCUUCAGGUCCGGAGAUCCAAGCUGGUGAAGAAAUGACGCCAUAUAUUCUCAGUAGCAACGACGCCAAGCCAGUACCUAUGGCUCUUGUAUCACGCCCUCCUUACGGUGCCAUCGACUCGAAGAGCGCCCAUGUUCCUCAGAAUGAAGCGUGGUUAUCUCUCAUCCGAAAUGCGCAACGCAACAUAUUUAUCCAAACUCCCGAUCUCAAUGCUGGUCCCUUGAUUCUUGCAAUCAUUGAUGCAGUCAAGAGGGGCGUGGAAGUCACUUACUAUGUAUGUUUUGGAUACAAUGAUCCUGGGGAAAUGAUUCCUGGGCAAGGUGGAACGAAUGAUCAGAUUUCCCAAGCACUCGUCGCUUCACUUCCAGAAAACAGCAGUGAACGCGAACUGUUACAUAUAUACAACUAUGUGGGAAAAGACCAAGACCACCCUAUCCACCAAUCCUUCAAAUCUCGGUCAUGUCAUAUCAAAUUGUUGAUCGUGGACGAAUGUGUUGGGAUUCAGGGAAGUGGUAACCAGGAUACACAGUCUUGGUUUCAUAGUCAGGAAAUCAAUGUGAUGGUCGAUAGUGUGGAAAUAUGUCAGAAAUGGAGAGAGGGUAUUGACAGGAAUCAGAACACAAAGAAGUUCGGCAAGGUUGCGAAGGAUGGAAUAUGGAGGGAUGAUAGUGGGAAACCUGGCAAGGGAUAUAUGGGUAAUCCAGGAACUGUGAUGGGGCUGGUCAAAGGCGCGAUGGGAAUGGUCCAAAAAUGGAAAGGGCCAGGAGGGUUUUAG